UUACUACAACAAACAAAUAGUCGGCAAUUUGUUUAUCAAAUAUGUGUUGUGAUUAAUGUUAGUUUGUGAAAAAUGAAGUUAUGUGUCCUGAGUUCAACAUAAAAAGUAGUGCUUUAUAAUAUUUGCUAGCUCAGAAACGACGAAAAGGCUUCCAAAUUAAGGCGCCAUGUUCAGCCCAACCCAUUAUCCUCCAGUGCUACUUCUUUUAUGUUUAUUUUCAAUUUUCAGAAUAGUUCUCUCCACCCCAAUAGAUCCUUUGUAUACAGAAGAUGAUAAGGAACUAAAUAUGACCAUAAAAGUUCUGCGACAUGACAACCCUACACGAUUACCUCUUGGUGAUAAUAUUACCAUUAUUUGUAAAACCAAAUGGAUGACCAGCAAUAUGUGGUGGACCUUUAAUGAGAAAAACAUUUCUGAACAAGAAGGGUUCAAGUUGGAAAUGGAAAGUGAGAAUAUCAAUAAGGAGUCUGGCAACAAAUACGAAGUGUCAAUUUUACAUAUUUUAAACAUAGACUUUAACCACGUAGGAGAUUACGUUUGUCAUGCGGCAAAUGAAAAUGUGACGGACUUAGAUCGACAUAACAUUAUUUUGAAUGUAACUUCACCUGCUCAAAUAGUACAAAUAUCACCAGUAAAAUAUACAAAAAUACAUGAAAGUGUAUCUUUAUAUUGCCUGGUAGAAGGCUAUCCUAUUGAAGAAAUCUCAUGGUAUAAAGAUGAUAUGUACAUUGAAGGAACCUCAAUAGAAACGGUCAAUAAAACAUUAAAAAAUUCAACGUUCACGAUAGCGGAAGUGAAGAAAACUGAUAAUGGCACCUACACAUGCAAGACGACAAACGGUGAAAUGAAAGUUAAAGAAUCCAGUGCAAUUCUGGUGCUCGACAAGCCCCAAAUAACAAUCGAUUUUAUCAAACCUAUUGCAACCAACAAAAUAUACCUCAAUUGGACUGUGAACGACGGUAACAGCCCCAAGGAUCUUAAAUAUACGAUAAAAUACAUGAAGAAAGGCGACUCCGAAUGGAUAUUCUACAAGAACGAGAUUAAGGGCAAAAACACGUCAUGCGUAUUGAAGGACAAUUUCGAAAAGGGCAAGGAAUAUUUCAUCCGAAUGAAGGCUAGUAACUCCGAAGGCGAAAGCCAGGACCACGAGACUGACCCCGUACGAAUGCUCGACGAAGAUCCCGUUUUCAUACCAGAAGUGACAGUUACCGGUGUAACCACCAGUUCGAUAACCAUCAAAUGGACGGCGCCCCACGAUAAAAUUAAAGAACAUAUCCACUAUUACAAUUUAGUUUUAAAAACCCACAAUUCAGCGGAGAAAUUAGAAGCCUGCCAUCCAGCGUCCAAGGACAAUCUGUACAUGUUCUCCGAACUAGACUCUGCCACCACGUACGUCUUCCAAGUAUCGGCCUGCAGUGAGUACACGAAGGAGUGCGGCCCGGGCUCCACACCAGUUAAUGGAACAACGAUGGAUGGGAUGUCUGGACCGCCAACGAACGUCACCGUCGAAUGCCGAUUCGAUAACAUUAGUCACACGAGUUUUGUCUACGUCACCUGGAAACCACCAAUUACUCCACACGGGAGGAUCAUUUCAUAUAAUGUGACCUUAGAAGGUUCAGCUAAUUUUGUUAACGACCAAGGCAAUUUAGAGCUUAUAUAUUGGGGUCCGAAAGAGACGCACGUGAACGAAGCGAAUUUGUUCACACGUUUCUACAACGUAUCGGCGAACACCAAUUAUACCGUAAAACUGGCUGGCGUAACUAGGUUAAGGAAAAAUGGUGAGCCAGUCGAAAAGUCGUGUUCCAUGCCUCCGACAUUACCCGACAAACAACGAUUAUCGAGAAUAACUUGGCGAAAGAUGGAGGUGCAAGAGAAGUGGAUUUUUAAACUGUCCAUGACGAGGGUGUCCGAAAGGAAUGGGCCUAUUUGCUGCUACCGAAUUUAUUUGGUGAGGAUGGAAGAUCAACAGAAGCUGGCCGAGUUGCCACCGCCUGAAGACCUGACGAUAGUGUCGUACCAAGAGGCGCACAGGACGCCUAAAGGUGGAGCGUACGUUGCUGAAAUGUUUUCCAGCUACACGUUCCACCAAGACGUCUUUCUUGGCGACGAUCAGGUUUUCAAUUCAUCGAAUUCCGAGUGCGACAAAUGUAUUGGCCUAAGGCCCUAUAACACGCCCAGGGAAGAGAAAGUUAACAAAGGUGGUAACAGUACUGCUGCCGCUAACAGGGUACGAAGGAACGAUAGGCUUGAUCCCUUGCCACCGUUUGACGGAGGCUUGGACAUAAGCAGCAACUACACGGCUUUUGUAGAAAUUAUUGUACGAGGAUCUGAAAGCAACUACAUGGCAGCCUAUAGUCACUACCUCGACUUGCUUAAUCCUGGACCCGAAGUCGUUAUUGUACCAGCGGUUGAUACGAUUAGUUUGACCGUGCAAAUUCUGUGCGCAUCUUUUGUAGUAAUUCUUCUGCUCCUUGGGACGCUGUGCAUCCUCCACAGAUACACUAAACAAGCUCACGCACAAGCGGUGGAAAUGAUCACAUUUAGAACAUCUCUCAGGCAUUUGUACAGGAGUCUACGUGGUCGACAGAGAUUAGUAUCGCUAAACCCACCCGAUAUGUGCCCCAUUAGCAAAGGGGAAUUGGUGUCGGCUUAUGUUGAAAGGCAUCGGGACUCGGACUACGGAUUCCAACAGGAGUUUGAGCUGUUGCCGGACCGAUUCUCCGACAGGACUACGAGAUCUUCGGACACGAGGGAAAAUGUGUACAAAAAUCGUUAUCCGGAUAUCAAGGCUUACGAUCAAACCAGAGUUAAAUUGUCUCAAGUCGACAGCAUUGCUGGUUCCGAUUAUGUGAAUGCCAACUUUGUUAUGGGCUACAAAGAACGGAAGAAGUUCAUUUGUGCCCAAGGACCAAUGGACACAACCGUCAAUGAAUUCUGGCGGAUGAUUUGGGAGCAACACUUGGAGCUGAUAUUGAUGUUGACCAACCUUGAAGAAUACAGUAAAACCAAAUGUGCUAAGUACUGGCCGGAUAAAUGUGACGGUGACAAAAGUUUCGGCGAAAUUUCCGUCACCCACGUCCAAGAAACUCGCUACUCAGAUUACAUUGUUCGUGAUCUUAAAAUAUCUAGAACAACAGGCAGCAAAGACCAAGAGGAAAGACGCAUCACCCAGUAUCAUUAUUUGGUUUGGAAGGACUUUAUGGCGCCUGAGCAUCCCAACGGCAUAAUUAAAUUCAUUAAAAGAGUAAAUGAAGCUUACUCAAUCGAAAAGGGUUGCAUAUUAGUGCAUUGCAGUGCUGGCGUAGGCAGAACUGGAACUCUGGUAGCUUUGGACUGUUUAUUGCAGCAAUUGAAGGAAGAAGGGUCUGUGUCCAUUUUCAAUACCAUUUGUGACUUACGACAUCAGAGAAACUUUUUAGUUCAAUCUUUGAAACAAUACAUUUUUAUCUAUCGAGCAUUGAUGGAGGUAGCACAAUACGGAGACACAGAAAUUAAUGCAACUGAACUAAAGACUACCGUUGAUAGGCUAAGACAGUGUGAUAAAGAUAAAAACAAAUGUCCAUUAGAAGAGCAAUUCGAGAACAUAGUCAACGCCUUCGAAGAUAGGAAAUCGUGUUCAGUAGCCGGGGGUGAAGAAAACAGAGAGAAGAAUAGAUCUGAUAGCGUGCUGCCAUAUGAUAGAAAUAGAUUUAUUUUAACACCGUUAUCAGGAAAAGAACAUUCCACGUACAUAAACGCUUCUUUAAUUGAAGGAUACGACAAUUGCGAAUCCUUUAUUAUUACUCAGGAUCCUUUGGAAGGUACAAUUAAUGACUUUUGGAGGAUGGUGGCGGAACAAGGAAUUAGUGUAAUUAUCAUGUUGUCGGAAAUUGGUGAGGGAAAAUGUCCACGAUAUUGGCCAGAAGAGGAAGGAACGUACGACCACAUUACUGUACGGUACGUGCAGGCAGAAAGUUGUCCAUAUUAUACACGGAGGGAGAUGUUUGUGAAGAGUCGAGACGGCGAAGACCACAAGGUGAUCCACUUACAGUAUCACGGUUGGCCUACAGUUGACGGAGAAGUACCUGAAGUAACUAGAGGUUUGAUUGAAUUAGUGGAUCAUGCUCAAGCUUCGGUUAUAAGGAACGAAUAUUCGGCAUCUAUGGUUGUGCAUUGUAAUCUUGGUUCUGACAGAAGUUCCAUGUUCGUAGGAUUGACGAUUUUAGUUCAACAGUUAAGAAUUGAAAAGCGUGUGGACAUUUUUACUGUUACAAGGAAGCUACGUUCUCAACGACAGGGCUUAAUUAGUUCAUAUGCGCAGUAUGAAUUUCUUCAUCGGGCCAUAGUGAAUUAUGCAGAACUGCAUGGUUUAUGUGAAAAGUAAUGUUGUAUAUUGGUGCCAUACAUUAACUUUAAUAUUCCAUUCCAAAAAGAAUACCAUAUGUUGGUCUCAUGGAUAUUAGGUAUUUUUAUAUGUAUUUAUUACUAUUUAUAUCGUGAUUUUAUUCAUAUCUUUUUGAAACGAAUUUUUUCUAGUUUAAAACCAAAAUAUUUUUUGAAAACCAAAGUACUCGUGGUGGAUUUAUUUUAAGCAAUAAGAUAUAUUGAUUUUGUUAUUUUUUUAAAAAAGGUAGCUUUGCUCAAAGUAAAUUUUUACACAUACCAUAUAUGUGGUGCACAAAUUGGAACCUCUUAUUUUAUUUCUGUGAAGGGACAGUUAUGUUUUCGUUGUUACAUUUCGCACUUCUUCUGAAAAUAUUUUCAUAUGGAGUAGAUAAUCUUCAUUCAUGUCAUAAAACCAUUCAUCUCGAAAACAUACGAAUCUGAUAAUUUUGAUACUCCAUUAUUUCAUACUUAUACAUUGCAUAUUACUUGUAAGAUUUGUGGUGCACAAAUUGGCCACUCACAUUUUAUCGUGAAGAGACAAAUAUUUUCUUGUAUCUAUAAAUAUACACGCACUUCUUUUGAAAAUAUUAUCGUAUGGGGUAGCCUUAAUUUUUUAAAAGCCAAAUUAUCUCGAAUACCUACGAAUAUCGUAAUUUUGAUAUUCCAUUAUUUCAUAUUUAUACAUUGCAUAAUACUCAUUUCUGAGAUUGCAUAUAGUAAAAUACUACAAAAUGUAGCCUGUUGCUUAAUAUGUAGUGCUUUAAUUUCCGCUAAAUGUACUGUGUAUAAUAUAAUUUUAUUUUUUGUGUCUGUCAUUUUGUAAGUCAUCAAAGAUAUGUGUAUAUAAUUUGUAAACAACUGCUAUUUGUAUUUAGGAUACAAAAUUAUUAAGACUGUAUAAUGCAUUUACUGCAAAAAGUAUUUAUUUAUAUACAUUUUUAUUUUGUCGUUUUAUUUUAUAUUGCUAAUAACAUUUUUUAUAAGUAAUAAAAACAUUCAUACACCUUGUAA